GGCCGGAUUCCGGAGCCGACUCCUCCCGGCACGGCGGGGUUGUGCCCAACCCAGCCCUGCUGAGCCGCGGGCAGCCUGGCAGGGGGAUGGAGGCAGUGACUCAGGAGUACGGGAUGCUUUUCACCCCGCAGCCGGAGCCACGCAGCGCACACCGUCGGCGCUACACGCGGCACAGCCAUGGCUGUCGGGACGCAGCUGCAGCUGCUGCUCUGGAAGAACCUCGCCUACCGUCGGCGGCAGCGGGUGCAGUUGGCCAUCGAGCUGCUGUGGCCGCUCUUCCUCUUCCUCGUGCUGGUGGCGGUGAGGCGUUCCCACCCUCCCUUCCAGCAGCACCAGUGCCAUUUCCCCAACAAGGCACUGCCAUCAGCCGGGACGCUGCCUUGGCUGCAGGGCAUCCUCUGCAACGUGCACAACCCCUGCUUCCAGCAGCCCACCCCCGGAGAGGCCCCUGGAACAGUGGGCAACUUUGGAGGCUCCAUCCUGUCCCGCCUGCUGGCUGAUAUCCGCCAGGCCCUGCACCGUGCUGAUGGUUGGCAGCUCCUGCACCACCUCGCCCAGCUCCUACCUGCACUGCGGGGCCGCACAGCGCUGAUCUCAUCCCGGCUGCUGCAGGGCGAUGCCCUCACACGCCUCCUCCGCACCAACGCCUCGCUGCUGCCCGUGCUGCACCAGGCAUUGGUGGAGGGGUUCAACCCACCUGAUGAGUGGAUGAACUCGGAGAUGGACAAUGCUGUGGCAGCCCUGGGUCCCUUCCUGCAAAGCGCUGAAUCCCUGCUACAGGAGCUCUCCUCCAUGGGCACUGUGGCUGAGCUGCAGCGUGAGGUGACGGUGCUGACAGGCCCUGGUUCCUCUGCUGUGGGCGCCUUUGAGGCCGUAUCACGCAUCACCUGUGGGCACCCUGAGGGUGGGGGGCUGCAGGUGCCUUCCCUCAACUGGUAUGAGGACAGCGAUGUCGGUGCCUUCAUGCACCGCAACGGCUCCAGGCGCAGCACGGGAACCCCUGACAACGACACCAGUUCCUUCUGCCAGGAGCUGCUCCGCAGCCUGGAGGCUGCCCCACUUUCACAGCUCUUCUGGCGUGGCAUCAAACCCCUGUUUGUGGGCAAGAUCCUGUACACACCACCCAGUCCUGCCACCGACCGCGUCAUGGCCGAGGUGAACCGCACCUUCCAGGAGCUGGCAGCGCUGCAGGACACAGCUGGUGCUGCUCUGGAGCUGGGAGCCCACAUCCGUGCUGUUCUCAAUGGCAGCCAGGAGCUGCGGGCGCUGCGGGAACUGCUGCUUGCACCGGGCACGGCACCGCUCCUGGAUGGGCUCCUCAAUGGCACCUCCCAGUCGGUGUUGGCACAGUUGGUGGCCGGGUCAGCAGGGCUCAGCUGGCAGCAGGCACUGGAUGAAGCGGAGCGGGCACUGGGUGCUCUGUCACAGCUCCUGGGGUGCGUCCGCCUGGACAAGAUCGAGGCGGUGGGCAGCGAGGAGCAGCUGGUGGCCCGUGCCAUGGAGCUGCUGGAGGAGAGGCAGUUCUGGGCUGCUGUGGUCUUCCAGCCCCCCCUGAAUGCCACGGCCACGGCGCUGCCCCACGUGCGCUACAAGAUCCGCAUGGACAUCGACGAUGUCACGAGGACCAACAAGAUCAAGGACAGGUUUUGGGACCCGGGCCCUGCAGCUGACCCAUUCAGCGACCUGCGCUACGUGUGGGGUGGCUUUGUCUACGUGCAGGACCUGGUGGAGCAGGCGGUGGUGCGGGUGCAGACAGGGACUGCCCCACGGGUGGGGGUCUACCUGCAGCAGAUGCCCUAUCCCUGCUACGUGGAUGAUGUGUUCCUGAGGGUGCUGAACCGCUCGCUGCCGCUCUUCAUGACGCUGGCAUGGAUCUACUCGGUGGCCAUGAUCAUCAAGGGGGUGGUGCAUGAGAAGGAGGCGCGUCUCAAGGAGACCAUGCGGAGCAUGGGGCUGAGCAGCGGGAUGCUCUGGCUCAGCUGGUUCCUCAGCAGCUUCAUCCCCUUCCUCCUCAGCUCAGCUCUCCUCGUCCUCAUCCUCAAGCUGGGAGACAUCCUGCCCUACAGCAACCCAGCCGUCAUCUUCCUCUUCCUCGGCACCUUCUCAGUGGCCACCAUCUGUCAGUGCUUCCUCAUCAGCACCUUCUUCCCCCGUGCCAACCUGGCCUCGGCGUGCGGUGGCAUCCUUUACUUCUCUCUCUACCUGCCCUACGUGCUGUGCGUGGCAUGGCGUGACCACGUCACCUUCCCACUCCGCGUCCUCGUGAGCCUGCUGUCCCCAGUGGCCUUUGGCUUUGGUUGUGAGUACUUCUCGCUGUAUGAGGAGCAGGGGGUGGGCAUGCAGUGGCACAACCUGGGCACCAGCCCUGUGCCGGGAGACCCCUACAACUUUGCCAUGGCCAUGGGGCUGCUGCUGCUGGAUGCUGUCCUCUAUGGGCUGGCAGCCUGGUACAUCGAGGGCGUCCUCCCAGGUCAGUACGGGGUCCCCAAGCCCUGGAAUUUCCCCUUCCUGAAGAGCUACUGGUUUGGAGAGCCGCCCUCAGCUGGAUACCCCCCGUACCCCAGCGGUCCUCUCACUGCACCCCAAGUGCUGGUGGAGGAGCCUCCUGCCCAGCUGCAGCCUGGAGUCUCCAUCCGCAACCUGGUGAAGGUUUACCGCAGCAGCAGCCAUGUGGCCGUCGAUGGGUUGAGCCUGGACUUCUACGAGGGGCAGAUCACCUCCUUCCUGGGCCACAACGGGGCCGGCAAGACCACCACCAUGUCUAUCCUGACCGGGCUGCUGCCCCCCACCUCCGGCACUGCCUACAUCCUGGGCUGGGAUAUCCGCUCCGAUAUCGACAGCAUCCGGAAGUCCAUGGGGAUGUGCCCGCAGCACAACGUGCUCUUUGAUAUCCUGACAGUGGAGGAGCACAUCUGGUUCUACGGGAGGCUGAAGGGGCUGGCGGAGGAGCAGGUGAAAGCGGAGAUGGAGCAGCUGCUCCAGGACACGGGGCUGCCCCACAAGCGCCAGGAGCAGACCAGGAACCUGUCGGGCGGCAUGCAGCGGAAGCUCUCUGUGGCCAUCGCCUUUGUGGGCGGCUCUAAGGUGGUGGUCCUGGAUGAGCCCACAGCCGGUGUUGACCCCUACUCACGCCGCAGCAUCUGGGAGCUGCUGCUCAAGUACCGCAAGGGGCGCACCAUCAUCCUCUCCACACACUACAUGGACGAAGCGGAGCUGCUGGGGGACCGCAUCGCCAUCAUCUCGCAGGGCCGGCUCCGCUGCUGCGGGUCUCCGCUCUUCCUCAAGGCCAGGCUGGGCACGGGUUACUACCUCACCCUGGUCAAACGGGAGAGCACCGAGCUGGGCGCCGGCGGCUCCGGCCCUACCAAAAAGGACGGCGGCACCUCCGAGGGCGGAGAGCGGGACAGCGAGGGCAGCGCAGCGGGUAGCGUCCCCGCACAGCCCCGCACCGCGUCCCGGCCCCCGCACGCCCUGAGCACCGCCCUCCCCCAUCCCCCAGAUGUGCCGCAGCUGUCGGCACUGCUGCAGCAGCACGUCCCCGGCUCCAGGCUGGUGGAGGACAUCGGGCGCGAGGUGCUUUUCGUGCUGCCCUACAGCGGGGCCAGGGACGGAGCUUUUGGGGAGCUCUUCCGGGAGCUGGAUGCGCGUCUGGGCGAGCUGGGCAUCUCCGGCUACGGCAUCUCGGACACGAGGCUGGAGGAGAUCUUUCUGAAAGUGGCCGAGGACAGCGGGGUGGAUGGUGGCAGGACAGGCAACAGCAACAGAACACCCCCGCUGGGGAGAGGAGCGGUCCCUGAUAAGGAGGGGGUCACGGGAGCAGCUGCCGAGGAGCCGGCGGAGGAGCCGCAAGAGACGGACCUGCUGCGUGGAGCGGCCGAGAGCAGCCGGUGCGUGCGGGGCUGGGCGCUCACCCGGCAGCAGCUCCGCGCUCUCUUCACCAAGCGGCUGCUCCACGCCCGGCGCAGCACGCGGGGCUUCUUCGCACAGAUCGUCCUGCCCGCUGUCUUCGUCUGCGUUGCGCUGCUCUUCAGCCUCAUCGUGCCGCCCGUCGGGAGAUACCCAGCGCUGCGCCUGGAGCCCGGGAUGUACGGGCAUCAGUUCACCUUCUUCAGCAACGACGCUCCGGGGGACGCGGACACGUCCCGGUUGUUGGCCGCUCUCCUGGCCGAGCCGGGCUUCGGUACCGCGUGCAUGAAGGACGAGACGAAGGGGACGGGGCCGUGCCCACCUGCGUCCCACCCCGACGGCUUCAGGCAGCCCUCGGUUCCCUCGGCCUUGCUGGAAGCUCUGCGGCGUGGGAACUGGACACGAGCUGAGCCGUCCCCCUCCUGCCAGUGCAGCGGGCCGGGGGCGCGCAGGAUGCUGCCCGAGUGCCCCACGGCCGCCGGAGGGCUCCCACCACCCCAGGUGCAAAGAGGCACAGGGGACAUCCUGCUGAACCUGACGGGCAGGAACAUCUCUGACUACCUGGUGAAAACCUACCCCCAGCUCAUUCGCCAGGGGCUCAAAACCAAGAAGUGGGUGAACGAGCAGAGGUAUGGUGGCUUCUCCCUGGGCGCUGGUAGCUCGCAGCUCCUUCCAUCAGCAGAGGAGGUGGGCAGUGCAGUGCAGGAGUUGAGAGAGCUCUUCAAUGUCACCCAGGGCAGCCCCAUGGAUCGGCUCCUGGGCAACCUGAGCCACUUCUUCGAGGGUUUGGAUGCACGCAGGAACAUCAAGGUGUGGUUCAACAACAAGGGCUGGCACGCCGUGGUCGCCUUCCUCAACGUGGCCAGCAAUGGGUUGCUGAGGGCACAGCUCCCUGCAGGCUCUGACCCUGCGCUCUACGGCAUCACGGCCAUCAACCACCCCCUGAACCUCACCAAGGAGCAGCUCUCAGAGGCUGCACUGAUGGCCACAUCGGUGGACGUGCUGGUCUCCAUCUGUGUGAUCUUCGCCAUGUCCUUCGUCCCAGCCAGCUUUGUGCUCUUCCUCAUUGAGGAGCGGGUCAGCAAGGCCAAGCAUCUGCAGUUCAUCAGCGGGAUGAAGCCCGUCACCUAUUGGCUGGGCAACUUUGCUUGGGACAUGUGCAACUACCUGGUCCCCGCACUGCUGGUUGUCCUCAUCUUCCUCUGCUUCCAGCAGAAGUCCUACGUGUCCUCGGCCAACCUGCCCGCCCUGGUGCUGCUGCUGCUGCUCUACGGGUGGUCCAUCACCCCCCUGAUGUACCCAGCCUCCUUCCUCUUCAGCAUUCCCAGCACUGCCUACGUGGCCCUGACAUGUGUCAACCUUUUCAUUGGCAUCAAUGGCAGCGUGGCCACCUUCGUGCUGGAGCUCUUUGUGGACCAGAAGCUCAACGACAUCAACCGCAUCCUGAAGAAAGUCUUCCUCAUCUUCCCCCACUUCUGCCUGGGCCGAGGCCUCAUUGACAUGGUGAAGAACCAGGCGAUGGCCGAUGCCUUUGAGAGGUUUGGAGACAAGCGCUUCGUGUCCCCGCUGUCCUGGGACUUAGCAGGGAAGAACAUGUUUGCCAUGGCCAUCGAGGGCAUCGUCUUCUUCCUCUUCACCUUACUGCUGCAGUACCGCUUCUUCCUGCGGCUCCGGCCACGUGCUCUGCAGCUGCCCUCACUGGGGGAUGAGGAUGAGGAUGUAGCCCGGGAGCGGAUGCGGGUGGGCAGCACCGCACGGCGCAGUGCCGUCCUGCUGCUGAAGGACCUGACAAAGGUGUAUCGGUACAGGCGCGCUCCAGCAGUGGACCGGCUGUGCCUGGCUGUCCCACCUGGUGAGUGCUUCGGGCUGCUGGGGGUGAAUGGUGCUGGGAAGACAUCCACCUUCAAGAUGCUGACGGGGGACACAGAAGUGACACUGGGGGAGGCGUGGCUGAAGGGACAUAGCGUGCUCACCGACCUGCAGGCUGUCCAUCAGAACAUGGGGUACUGCCCACAGUUUGAUGCCAUCACGGAGCUGCUGACGGGGCGGGAGCAUCUGCAGUUCUACAGCCGUCUGCGUGGGGUGCCGGAGGAGGAGACCCCCAGGGUGGCUCAGUGGGGCAUUGCCAAGCUGGGCUUGGGAUCACAUGCAGACCGCCUGGCAGGCACUUAUAGUGGGGGCAACAAGCGCAAGCUGUCCACGGCCAUCGCCCUGCUCGGCAGCCCCCCCAUCAUCUUCCUGGAUGAGCCCACGACGGGGAUGGACCCAGGUGCCCGACGCUUCUUGUGGGACUGCAUCCUCAGCCUGGUCAGGGAGGGCCGUUCCGUGCUGCUCACAUCCCACAGCAUGGAGGAGUGCGAGGCGCUGUGCACCAGGAUGGCCAUCAUGGUCAACGGCCGAUUCCGCUGCCUGGGCAGCGUGCAGCACCUCAAGAACCGGUUUGGGGAUGGGUACACAGUGGUGGUGCGGGCGGCGGGGCCCGGCCCUGAGUUGGGCACCGUGCAGCACCUGAUGCAGUGCAGCUUUCCCGGCAUCGCGCUGCAGGAGCAGCACGGCAGCACGCUGCAGUACCGCCUGCCUUCCCACGCCUGCUCCUUGGCACACGUGUUCGGCGUGCUGGCGGCGCACUGCGAGCACGGCCCCAUCCAGGACUACUCUGUGUCCCAGACCACCCUUGACCAGGUCUUCGUGCACUUCGCCAGGGAGCAGAGCGACGGGGACCCGGGGCAGGACGUGGGAUCAGCGCAGGAUGUAACCUCAGGGCAGGAUACGGCCCCAGUGCCCGGGAGGCAGCCGAUGCCGUUUCUAAAGGACGACAGCUAUCAGGAGAGCGUGGUCUGAGUGUGGCUACACGGCUCCUGGACCACCGCCCCCACCCCAGCCCUGCUCCCGGCUGGGGCACAACCACUGAUCCCGGUCUGCUGUUGGCCUGGAGCCCGGCUGCACCACUCCUGCUGGUCUGGGGUUACGAUUCCCGGGCUCGGAGCCGCAGAGAAGGCUGGCCCGCUUCUCUGCACCCGGAGCUGGGCACCGGGCUGUGUUGCUCGCGCUGCUGUCACAUAGCGAAUGGAAUAAUAAAGCACUGCAGUGCCGCAGGC